AUGGACGAGGCGGUGUCUACGCGCGACGGCGCCGACGGUCCCUCUGCUCCGGUGGCGGCAGGCGCCACCGAGACGGCCGACAAGCGGGCGCUCCUCGCGGCGCUCCCUGCUGACGCCGAUCGCGUCCUGGCGGCGCUCGCCUCGAUUGGAGAUGCGUGGUGGGUCGCUGCAGCCAGCGUGGCGGCCGUGCGGGCGGGCACCGACUGGCUCGCGUCCGACGCCCUGCGCGUGUUGGCGUACGCCUCGGAGCGCACGAGCGCGCUCGACGCGGACGUCGCGACGGCGCUCGCGGAUGCCGGCUGCGCCUCGCCGUCUCUCGCGGCGUGGCUGGACGCCGAUCCCGUACGUCUUGCUCGCGUCGUCUUGCGGCGCAAGCUGUGGCACAUGCAGUGGCUCCUGAGCAUUCCUCUAGCUGCGGCCAAGUCGGCUCGCGUGCCGGCGAAUGUGGCUGCGCUGGCGGACCGCCCGCUCCUCGCGCACGCCCACGAUCUAUGCCUGGCCGGCAACGCGCGUGGCCUGCGUGCGCAUGCUACCGUCGCGCGCUCCCUCUUCUCGCACCGCUUCGAGCUCCUGCACGUUCUACUGACCGUGGGCGGCGUGCCGCCGGAGCGCCUCCUUGCGCUGCGCCUGCUCCCCGGUACGCACUUGCCGGUCGAGGACCGCGAGAGUGAUGCAUGGGUCGAUGCUCUCGAGGCACCCCCGCCCUCGUCGCCGAGCGCAGCGGCCAUGUGGGUCGAUCACCCCGCGGUCGUGCACGCGCUCGCGGAUCGCGGCGCGUCGCCUUUCCCCACUCCGCCCCCGCCACCACCUGCUGCGCUGUGGGACUGGUAUGCGGCGGUCAUGACGGAGCUGGAGAGCGAGCUUGGCCUCGUGGACGCAGCGCUUGGCCUUGCGAACGCCGGGGUGCACCUAGGACUCAAGCCGCUGAGCGCCGCAGCGCAGGAGCUCGCAUUCCUACAUGAGCUUGUGUACCACAUGGAUGCCGAUCUAUGGCGCGUACAGACGCUGCGGGCUGCGUCCGCCCAUGCGCUCGUUGCGCGUGUCGCGCAGCAGCCGUGGCCCGCCGCGCGUGUCGCGGCGGCCUUGCACGAGCAGGUCGUUCCGUUCCUGCAGCUCGGCACGUACGCGGACGCAGCGCAUGGCCGGCACCGCUCGGCAAGCGCAUGGGGCCUGCACAUGGCGCUGAUGGUGCGUGAUGCCGUGCCGCUCGCGCGUGCGCUAGAAGUAAGCGACGCGAUGCUCGCUCGUGCAUGGCUGGACGAGGCGGAUCAGCACCGCCUUGUACUCGCUCUGCUCGCCACGAGUGAGGCGGCGGACGCGCCGAGCUUUCAGCGGUACACAGCGCUGCUGCAGCACGUGUCGCCGUCACCGCCCCCACCGCGCGCUAUAGCCCCGCUCACGGCCGUGCUCGGGCGCGCACUUGGCGCACGCGCCGGCGACGUGGAUGCGACGCACCUGUGUGAGCAAGCAGCGCUUGUGUCGCCGGCCGUGCUGCAGCAGAGCGUGCAGGACGUGCACCUGUGGGUCCAGCUCGCCGAGACGGUCGCGCAGCUGGGCGUUGCGCAUGCGCCGCGCUACUACUGGGCCGAUACACAGGCCGAGCGCGCGCACACUGUCAUGCAGGCACUCGUGCGCCACGCGCUGCGUGCGCGGGGCAGUGAGCCGUCGACGCUCGUGCGCAUGCUCACGCGCCUCGCGCCGUUCCUUGCGCCGGAUGCCGCAGGCGGUGUCGGUGCGCCAUGGGUUGGCCUGCCAUCGAGCUGCGUGCGUGUCUUUUUCCGUGAGCUGCUUCUUGCGCGCGAGCCGGUGCUAUUCAACGAGUUGGUGAGUGCGGUGACUACGGAGCCUGCCUGUGCGCCCGUCGCGCAGCGCAUGACGGCGCGCGACGCCGAGGCGCUGGUUCUCAACACGGCGCGCGCAUGGAUACACCAGGCGCCGACGUGCGACCCGCUGCACGGCAGCUUGCAGCGCGCCCGCGAGACGCUCGACGCGGCACCGCACACGCCGCAGGUCGAGGCGGAGCUCUCGUUUCUAGCGCUGCUCGCACGUCUGCACGAGCAUGGGGCAAGCAUUGCCCUGACGCCGCAGCAGGUGCGUGCGACGCCGCGCAAGCUCGACCUGCUUGCGCGCGUGCUGUCGCUGCACGGCGAGGCGUACCGUGCGCCUCACAUCCGUGCGCUGGCGGACGCCUGCAGCGAGGCGCCAGGCGACGACGUGCACGUGUGUGCAAUGCUCGCGGACGCAGCGGCUGCCAGUGGCGACUGGCGCGCUGCGCGCGACCAAUGUGAGCGCAUCGUGCAGCGAAUGCCGUCGCUUCCCCGUGCGCAGUAUGCGGCGGCCUGGGACGUGGCAUGGCGCACGUGCCUGCAGCUGGCCAAGCACCCGCAGUGGCCUGAUCCGCGCAGCCGCGCUGUCCUGCUGGGCCAUGCACUCGCGCUCGCGCCGCCCGCGCACAUUCCGACCGUGCUGCAGGCACUGGCCGCGCUGCCGCCACACACGGCAGCGCCGGUACCGCCACGUCGCGCCGAGCGGCACACGCUGGCGCGCCUGCUCACGCGCCCCUCGGCGCCGUCUGCGGCGCCACGGCAUCGCACCGCGCAGCUCUUCGAUAGCGUGGCUGCACAGCAUGCGCCGCAGGCCGCGCGCAUGGCGCGCUCGCUGCUGGGCCAUCUCGGCAGUGGCUGGUGGAGCGACGAACGAGCGCCUUCGUAG